GCCUGUGCUGCCGCUGGGAUGGCUGAGUCCCGGAGAGUUCAGCUGUUCGCUCAGAGCAGUGACGCGCCCUCUUAUUUCAGUUCGCCUUCGGACAAAAAGUGCGCGCAGGGGGGAGAAAAUGUCUCAGACCGACCCGCUGACACCGAAACGGUCCGGCUGGUCCUCGAAUUAUUUGAGCCCGACGAGCGGAGCUUCCCGGAGUUCAGCUACAAUCAGCUUAUAGACGACAAGAUCAGUCAGUCAAAAGAUGGAGGACCCCUGAGCAGACGUGAAAAGGAAGAAAAGAGGGAGAACGAUGAAGUUGCUGCCAUUGCAAGAAAGCUGGAAGAAAAAUAUGGUGCCAAACCUAAGAAAAAAAAGGACCGCAUCCAGGACCUGAUUGACAUUGGAUACGGUUAUGAUGAAGAGGAUUCUUUCAUUGACAACUCUGAGGCUUAUGAUGAGUUUGUGCCGUGCUCCAUCACCACCAGAUUUGGUGGAUUCUACGUGAAUUCGGGCGUGCUGCAGUUCCGCCGGGCUUCUGAUGCUGAAAGCGAUGAUCCCACAACUGAAGAGACAAAAGUAAGCCGUACGACUAAACGUAAACUCAGUGAUGGGCAGGAGAAGCCACAGAAGAAACGGUGCAGAGCAGGUGGAGAGAUGGCAAGCAGAUUGGAUCCGAAGUUAAGCACUUUGUCUGAAACUGGGCAGGCUGAUGAGCUGAAGAUCAGAAAGAAGAAAAAGGCUGUUAGGACUCUGAGUGUCACCAGCAUGCUGAAAAAGUUUCAAAAAGAAAAAGAGAGGGAGCGACAGAAGAAAAUGAGAGAGAAGGCGGCUGCAAAUUUGGGUACAGCAGCAACCCCUCUGUUCCCUGCAGAUGCAGGUGGGGGUGGAGGCACGGGGCUGACUGACCCUCUCCUCAGUUUAAUUGGCUCAACUAAUGACCACGCCCUGAUCCAAGCAGCCAGCACAGUAGAUUUUGAUAUUGAUCUGGACUCUUUAUUAGAGGUCAGUGAAGAGACCCCACCUAAAUCACUUCCUCAGCCUGCUGUAGAGACACAGCUGAUCCAAAGCAAAACAGAUGAUCCAACACAGCUGAACGCUUUCUCUGAUGCCAAAAGCCUGACUUCAAAUUCAAAGAUUAAUUUGCAGCAGAAAUGUCAGCCGGAGAGAAUCCAGCUUCUGUCAGAGGCCAGCUCAACAUUACAGAGCACCCCGCUGCUAGAGGGGCUUCCCCCAGCGCUGGAAGACAGCAUCAGAAAACUCACAGCGGUUGCCAAGACAUCAGAGGGGGAGUCAAAACUCAAGUUCUUCAAUCCAGAUAUCAACUCAAUCCUGCUAGAUAUUGAGUUGCAGUGUCGGGAGCAGAGUAGCUCACUGCGCUCCAAGGUGUACACACACCUGUCGUCUUUCCUGCCCUGUAGCAGAGAUACGCUUCUCAAACGUGUAAAGAAACUGUUGAUGGCACAAAUGGAGGAGCCCCCUGGAGUGGAAGAUCCCAUGCAGAAACUCAGGGAGGCCAUUGGAAGAUCUAUGCCUGAGCAGAUUUCAUGUUUCCAUGAAGAUUGUCAGGUAUAUGAACAAGUCAAGACUUCAAAGGCAGCAGAGGACAAUGAUGAGAAAACUGGAAGAAAAGGAGGUCCUAAGAAAAUGUUCAAAUGGAAUGAGGAGAUCAGAGAGUGCUUGGGCCAAAUGUUGAAAGCAAAAGUGGACAAUUAUAAAAAGGAAAGAAAGGGGGACCAGGAGAUUGAAGAGCAUCUCAAGAUCUGGCUCGACAAUGAGGUCAAACCACUUUGGCCAAAAGGGUGGAUGCAGUCUAGGGUGCUGAUGAAGGAGAGUAGGAAACUGUUAGAUCUCUCUUCGUUACUAGUAAAGAAAGCCAAGUGUGAGAAGAAACAGUCGUUUGCUUUCUCAGAUGGCUGUGAUGAUCAUCAGGGAACUCCACCCCUGAUGGGGGAACUGUCCCGAGGAGCAGGUUGUGUCUUUACUGAAGGCUCGGAUAUCCCCAGUUCUGUUGCUCAUAAGGAAGGUGUUGCCUUGAAAAAGGGUGAGGUCCAAAAAGUGGGACUGGAUGUUGGGGCCGCUACAGAUGCAGAAUCAGACAAAUCUCAAGUUGAUGCAACACCUACUCCCGCUCCUCUCCUGGAUCUCCUUGCUGAUCAAGCCCUAGCUCAGGAGCAAACCCUCCCAGUGCUUCACGAGCUCCUAGCAGAAGCUGCAAAGAAACAUUUUGUUCAGCGCUGGAACUUUUUGGAGAUGCAGAGUCCUCUCCUUCCCCCUCCUCCUCCUCAGUCCAGCCCAGUUGGUUUCCCAGUGAGCAGUACAUGUGGUGACGUUUUGUCUCAGAUGUUUCAGGCUGGAAACAUCAGACACGUGGAUGCUGUUCAGGUGCAGAGCUUCUCUGAAGAUACUACUACUAAAACAUGACAACUUUGAACAAAGACAUGCAGCAGGUUCUUGGAUGUUUAAGUAUGAAAGUAAACGGUGACAGAACUGGCUCUCUGAGAAAAGCAACAAAAUGACAUCCCACCACCUGUCUGAUUCUGACAAGACCCUCUGCACCUACUCUACAAUCAUUUGUGAAGAUAACCUUUUAAUUUCA